AAUAAUACAACCACUCAACAAGACAUGAUUAAUUUCUUGACUCAGCAAACGGGAUUAACCAUUCACCAGUCGAAUAUUUCUCGAUUGCUAAAAAGAGAAGGGAUUACUUAUAAGAAACUUACUUACCACUAUACCCAACUAGACGAAGAAAAAGCCAAGGCAUUCAAUGAAGAGAUUAAACCUUUAUUAGCAGAAUAUCCCUUUAUUGCUCUUGAUGAAUGUUCCUUUUAUCCAAAGUUAGAUCCUCGUUUUGGUUAUUCCCUAAAGGGUAGUAGGGCGAUUGCUAAAAGACCUGGUCAUAAAGGAAAACAUUACACUUUAUUAUUUGCUAUCAAAAUAAAUCCAAUUGGCAACCAAAAGAAUUACCUUUUAUUAGACAACGCCAAAAUUCAUAAGGCUCCGAAAAAGAGAAUAAAAGCAAAACUUCCGAGCAUUGGUGAACAGUUAGCCGAGAAGAAUAUUGAAGCAAGAUUUAUUACUGCUUAUGCUCCGAUGUUAAAUCCUACCGAGUUGGUUUUUUGUCUUUUAAGGCAACAAACGGAAAAGCAACGACCUAGGAAUUAUGAGGAAUUAAAGAAUGCUAUUGAAGGAGUUGUUGAGAUGCUGAAUCAGAAAGAUUUAAGGAAAUUUUUCGCUCAGAAUAAUGAGAAAGAAAGGAUUUCUGCUCUUGAAGUAGCUAAAUAUUUGCUUUCGCUUGAUCCAAAAAGAAAAUAUUUUAUCUUAGAGAGAAUGAAAGGGGAAGAAGACAUGCCAAGAAAAGGAGAUUUUCGUCUAAAUAAAAUGCUUCACAUGUGUCAAAUAUUCCACUGUGCUAAAUACGGAAAGCCUUUGUUUGAAGAAAAGUUAGAAGCUUUUAGACACGGAGCAGUUAUUCACAAAGUUCACGAAAAUUUUAAAGAGUUUUAUAAUUCUUUACAAGAACCUAUUAUUGACUUAACUUCCGAAAAAAAAGAUUUUAUUGAAAAGAUUUACUGCUAUUUCAAAGAAUUUGAUGACCUAACGUUAAGAGAUUUUUCUCACGACGAUCCAGCUUGA